AUGGGGAAAACUAUUGUGUUUUACGCAAUAAAGCAACUCAGUCAAGGAAGGCUCAGUGCUUCCUAUCCUUUUGCACAAGAUGUGCUUGCAUGGAAACCUGUCUUCAACCGGUCUAGUCUCACUGAGUUUGUGUUCCAUGUGUUCACCACAGUCCCUGAAUUUCAGGUUCUUCUCUUCCUUCUCUUCUUCCUUCUCUACUUGAUGAUCCUCUGUGGCAACACAGUCAUCAUCUGGGUUGUGUGCCUACACAGCGUUCUCCGAACCUGGAUGUAUUUCUUCUUGUCCAACCUGCCCUUUGUAGAGAUCUGCUACACCACCAUUGUGGUGCCCUUGAUGCUUUCCAACAUUUUUGGGGCCCAGAAGCCCAUCCCACUAGCUGGAUGUGGGGCCCAAAUGUUCUUUCUCACACUUGGUGGCUGUUUCCUCUAGGCGAUCAUGGCCUAUGACCGCUAUGUGGCCAUCUGCCACCACAUGACCUGCAUGCUGUGUGUGCAGAAGCUGCUUGGCGCCGUGGGUCUGGCCUUCUUCCUCUCCCUGCAGUUCACUGCCUUAAUCUUCACCCUGCCCUUCUGCGGCCACCGCCGGGAAAUUAACCACUUCCUCUGCAAUGUACCUCCCAUCCUGUGCCUGUCCUGCACCGACAUCCACGUGCACCAGGCUGUCCUCUACGUCGUGAGCAUCCUCGUGCUAACCGUCCCCUUCUUGUGCAUCUGCGUCUCCUACGUAUUCAUCACCUGCGCCAUCCUGCACAUUCGUUCUGCCGAGGGCCGCCGCCGGGCCUUCUCCACCUGCUCCUCCCACCUUACCGUGGUCCUGCUGCAGUAUGGCUGCUGUGCCUUGGUAUACUUGCGUCCCCAGUCCAGCUCCUCUGUAGAUGAAGACCGCCAGUUUGCCCUUGUUUACACCUUUAUCACACCAUUACUCAACCCUUUGGUUUACACCCUUAGGAACAAGGAUGUCAAAGGUGCCCUGAAAAAAGUGAUUAGUACCAAAGGGACAUCUGAGUCCUUCUGA